ACAUUAGAACAGGAACCGAUAAUUCCUCAUUUAUAAGUUCUGAUUCGUUAAUUAGACCUCGAAAUCUCACCCCCGUCGUCACCCGUUGUUUUGCAAUUUAUACUCAUCGCUGGCAUUCUCCUUCCACGUGUUUAAUUGGCGUUGAAUAAUUACAAGGUUUUCUUACCCAUUUUAUGUCUUUCUGCACUUUUUAUUAGCAUAUUGUCCGUCUGAAAGAGUAGCAUUCAACAGUUUUUUUUCAAUUGACCCAAAUUCUAGUAGUUAUUACCAUAUUAUUGCUCUGUGUAUGCUCUGGAUUGGUAAUAGGAGUGGUCAGUAUUGACAGAGAGCUGCAUCACUGCCAACUUUUUAUACGUUAUUCAUUCCAUUCGUUGUAAUUUCUUUCUAAACAUGAAAUUUUCUCUCGUCGACAAUAGUGGUUGUAGUCAGUUGCUGUUGAAUCAUUUAUUAUGACCAUUCCAGUCACACUAAGUACAUUGAAAGGCAAUAAGUGUUGCAUAGUGAAUCGGUGGUGGUGGUGAAAGUUGAAAGCAAAACUUUCCUUGUAGUCACUAGUCAUGUAGUAGGAUCACUCAUUUUACUUGUGUACCUGUCCCUCAUCAACAUAGCUGGCUGGUCGUCAUUCCAUUAGACUAUUUUCAGAAAUCAAUUACUCGCCAGCAAAAAUACCCUUCAACUUUUCUUCACCUUGCUGUCCCAAAAUGAAAGGUGGGUGUACAUCAUCAUCAAAGUGGUUGGAAAAGUGAUGUAUGCUGAUUAAAAUUUCAUGAAGAAGUGAGCCAUGCAUGAUUAGAUUACCAAUUUGUUCCAUGUACAAGGUUGAUGAGUGACGGAAGAAUUUAGGAUUAUGAACUUCUAUCUAUUAGUCUGGAAUUGCAUUAUGGAGAGAAAGUCAAUAAUGCACAUGUAUGUACGUACGCCUGGCUGAUGAAUAGGUGAGUGACACAUUGUGUACGUACUUAUGCACAGGAGGUAAGAAGGGGUAGGUUGUUUUGUUGGUCAGGAAGGAAGACAGGUGUGUUUUUGGAACAGUUCGCCACAGGAAGUGAAAGUGGAAUAAGGACCACUUUCUCUUGCCGUUGACCUGGUGACGUGGUAAUUUUGGAGGAUGUUAUUUGAAUAACAAGAUUGAUACGUUCGACGAGACAUGCAAAAUAAUUGAACCGUAUUCUAACGAGAGGGCUUUUUUAAGACUUUUGAGUUGCAAAUUAGUGUUGUAAGAACUGAGAGUUGGGGAAGAUGCGUCUCGACGCAUGGGUCAAACGGGUCCUGUCCGUCAUCCUUCUUGUGUUGACGGGCUGGAUGACUUUCACCGAGGCCAGCAUGAACGGGCGGAGGUUCAUCUUUGGACAAGUUAUCAAAGAAUUUGAAAUGAUUCACACGGAUGAUUUCUGUGAAAAGAAUGCAAAAGGAGCUAGCCAAUGUGCCCGAAUGAAUGCAAACUACUUGAAAGUCUACUGCAGCCUCUUUGCCACGAUUGCUUGGGGUGGGGCAGUCAGAACAGUGAUCAAGACGUUCCAGUUGUCCAUCCCGUACACCGUCGUUCUACUCAUUACUGGGCUCGUGCUCGGUUUAGGAUCUAGAGUAGACGCCCACUUUUGUGAAACAUGGUCAAUGUUCACAAAGUUUGCGAGGACGCCUCCGGAACUGAUUUUGUACAUUUUUCUUCCACUUCUCAUCUUUGAGUCAGCCUUCUCCAUGAAAUCGCACGUUUUCAUGACAAACUUUCUCUCGAUUAGUGUCGUCGCAUUACCAGGAAUGUUGUUAUCCACUCUGUUCACAGCGUUAGCUUGCCGUCAAUUUAUGGCAAGUUAUGCCUGGACCUUCGCACAGGCUGGGCUAUUCGGUGCCAUUAUCAGUGCUACUGACCCAGUUGCGGUUGUGGCAAUUUUACGUGAAUUGGGAACCUCGGAAAAUUUAAGCGUCAUGAUUGAAGGUGAAAGCUUGUUGAACGACGGUGUGGCCAUUCUUCUCUUUCACAUUUUGAAGGAAGCAGUCGAAGACCCGGAUGUCAGUGGACAUCCUUACCAUAUUUUUAUAACCUUUGUAAAAAUUGCAAUUGGAGGUCCAACAUUUGGAUAUGCAAUGGGAAAAGUGGCAAUUUGGUGUCUGACCAUGAUUUUUAAUGAUGCUGCAACAGAAAUUACUAUUACGUUAGUGGCAGCGUAUCUCACUUAUUUUGUAGGCGAGUUUUACCUGGGAGUAUCUGGCGUAAUGGCUGUCGUUUUACUUGGCGUAACAAUUAAUGCUGGGAGCACCUGUAUCAGUCCCGAAGUGAUGCAUACAAUGCACAUCUUUUGGGAAAUGAUGUCGUUUUUGGCAAAUACUGUACUAUUUGUCAUCCUCGGUAUCGUUAUUUCAGAAACAGCCAUUAAUAGCUUUGAAAACGAGGAUGGAUUAAAUUUAAUUGGACUUUAUAUUACACUUAAUCUUAUAAGACUGGUCAUGCUAUUCGUUUUGAGCCCUAUCCUCCGUCGCGUCGGAUAUGAUGCAAAUUGGAAAAAUCUGACUGUUAUGAUGUGGGGUGGGCUUCGUGGAGCUGUUGGCGUCUGCCUUGCACUUGAAGUUUAUCGAAGCAAGAAGAUUUGCAUGUAUACUAGAGUUGGGCCAAAAUUCUUACUGCACACGGCUGGGAUUGUGAUAUUAACUUUGAUCAUUAACGGUUCGACGACCAAGUCCCUCCUCGACUAUCUGGGUGUCACAACCCUCAGUUUGGGAAAGUUGCAUGAUAUGGCACAUGUCGUUAGGAAUCUUACGGCCGCCAGAGUUCGGACAAUCAUUGCUUUGAAGCAUGAUCGCUUCUUAGCGGAUGCAAAUUGGGAAAUCGUUCACCGUUUUACCCACAUACAAGACCCGUAUGCUAAUAAUACGAAAAAGGGAAACGCUAAAAAAGAAGCCGCCGCAGCUCAAAAACAACAGAAUGAAAACAAGGCAGAAAAUUUGAUUGAUGCAUCCGCAAUUUUGAAUGAGAAACUCAUCACUGGUGGAUUCUUAAGUUCUGCUCGCCUCAAAUUUACUCAGAGCUCUACAAACGUGCCAAUUAAUGAAAAACUCGCGGCGGACAGACCUAUCAUCGAACUAAAGUCAGAGCCUUCACUACUCCUCAUUCAUCAAGGAAAGAUUAAGCGACCAACUACAUUAACACCGUCAUCUUCAUCAAAAACUUUACUUGCGGUUGACGCUGGUCUAGACAAUGAAUUUGGGUCAGACAGUGACGACGAUCAUUUGGACAUGGACGACCCCGAGGCCAAGAAACUGAUGGAAGAGAGUAGAAGUCGUGUUUUGAAGUCGAUGAAGAUCUCAUGCUGGACACAAUACGAGAAGGGAGCUCUGAGCGAGGAGGGUGUCAAAGUCCUAGUCGGUGCAAUCGAAGCCAAAGAGGACAUGCACUUGAAAAUGAUUCAUGUCAAGGAUUUGAACGACCACUGGGAAAUUAAGGGUGUUAUCGCUUGGUUGCGGAACAAAAUUAUUGAAAUGACGACAGGAGAAGUGAAACCCACAAAACCAAAGGCGAAAUGGCGACAUCCCUUCUAUUGGUUAACGACUCAGCCGUGGUUCCACGGGAUAAUUUACUUUGUAAUUUUUGUAAAUUUGGCCCCGAUCAUUUUCGAAACUGUGUUACUCGCAACUAACCGAGAGGCAAAGCCUGGACCGGAACGAGAUUUCCUUUUCAUUUCUACAAUUACUUUUACUACUAUUUAUUUUUUCGAAUUUCUUUUCAAGAUAAUUGGCCGAGGCAUCACCGACUAUUGUAACAGCCGAUGGAAUCUCUUGGACUUUUUUGUCCUACUCGUAUCCCUCGCCGAAUUUGGUAUCGCAAUUGGAACCCGGGGUUGGACUCGUUCAGACACAGAUAAUCUUAACUCGGAAAAUCUUAUCUUCUUCAAAAUUAUCCGAGUUGUCCGGUUCGUUCGACUUUUGCGAUGGGCGAGACCGAUUUUGCCCAAGUUUACAAGAAUUAUUGAAAUCCGUGUAAACGCUAGGUUGUUCAAAGGAUAUGACAUCGGAACCGGAUAUAUCCGCUGUCUCGAAGACGCGUUACGACUUCUGCCUACAAUUAUCACAAAUAAGAUGAUCUGUCGAAAAUUUAGAAAUUUACUGGACGCAGAUAGACUCGAAGCCGUCCGAGAGUUGUUGAAACUGCAAAUGGAUCACUCCGGCGUCGUCGUCGCGGUUAAAACGAGACAUGCUUCGAGAGCUAUUUGUGGAUACAUGAAGGAGGAAUUAGAAACGAUGAAACUCGAGGGUCUUUUGGAGGAGAAGGAGUUUGAUCUCCUAACUUCAAAAAUUGAUGGCAAUCUUAAAAAGCUUUGGGCAUCGCCCAAUAAGCUAAAACUUUCCAGUAUCGAUUUCAUGAUUGAAACUUUGCCCUGGCUUGUUGGAAAUGAUGAAAUGAUUGCUUUUUUCAAGGAGACCCACAUUCUCAAAGCAUACAUGGAAGGAGACGAGCUUGACGGCAGUGCAGGAAUUUACCUCAUCACUUCCGGCAUGGUUAAGCUCCGCUACACCCCCACACGAAACAUAAUCAACAAUUUGACUGAACAUGGAAUUUUCCCAAAUGCCGAAUUCCUCAUGGAUUUUUCCUUUGCUUCCACCCAGUUGGAUUUUAUGGGGCUGGGGGGUAUAAUUGGGGAGUACGGAUUCAUUUCCAAGUUACCUCGUGCAGCGUCAAUAAUGUGUGCAACAGAUGUUGAAGUGGUUUUCUGGUCAAAUCCUAUAUUGGAGAACGGAUUGAGUCAUUUUAAUGACCCCCAUGACUCGUUAGAAGGUCGUCUCUGGCGAAGUUGGGGGAUUAAGAUGGCGGCGGAAUUUCUUCAUACGACGGCGCAAUAUGGGUCUUGGAGCAGUGACAAAAUCCGAGCACAUUUAGAACAAGGUGUUGUCCCAAUCGGCAAAAACUUCAAUUCGAUCGAAGUGCCAGAAUACAUCGAGGAGGUAAUUUUGAUCCAAGGUGAAUUGAUCAACGACACCACCACGGAGGUUGCCAUUGCUCCUGCCCUCGUUCCUCCAACUUGGACAAGAAUUGGUCAAAGACCUGGUUCAGCAGUCGAACCUCGUCUAAUAAUAAUUUGCCAAGAAGAUCAUUUGGACACUUUGAAUGACUCUGCAUCGCAGACUUCACUGGAUAAGGUGAUUCUUCACGGUCCUGGGGUUGCAAUGGGCCUAAAGGACCAUGAAAGCGACCAUUUGCUAAGUAAAAAGUCCAAUGAAAGGCGAAGAUCGGUUCCAUACCUUAGUGCUAACCGAAGUUCAGGAGGACGGCGAAAGAGUACUUUGGAAGCACAAAUUAAGGGAGUUGUCAAGCGCACCUUGACCAAGAGCAAGCCCAGCGAUGUCCGGGAUUUCCCUAAAGACUGAAUAAAUAAAUAAUUCGGGACAAUAAUA